AUGUUUGAUCAGUAUAUUCUAGACAGAAAUUUUCGGAAGGCAAGAGAAAGGCUUGCCACAGAGGACAGCUUGCCUUUACAGAUUGGCUCAGGUGUGUCAGCGAAGAUAUACAAUAACUUUAUUGAACGCCAAGAAGCACCUGGAUACAAGUUUGAGUUGGCUAGGGACGGAAAACUGUUUAAAGUUGAUAUGGCUUUAGAAGUGCACGAAGAGGUGGUUAUGCGGCUGUCACAUUUCUUCCACCAAGCCAAUGGAGUUCAUUAUAAUCCAACCUCUAGAAAGAUGAAGAAAAUUGCACCGGAUCUUUCUAUUAGACCAAAUAAAGUGCACGUUCAAGCACCUCCUACUUUCACUAUGCGACCUGUUACACGUCCAGAUUAG